AUGUCUCAAAAUUCAGGCUGGAUGAUGAGAGAUACAACACUCACUCCAAUAGUGCAUUCUGUUGCUCUUGACCCAAAUAAUACAAAUGCAGAAAACAUAGCCAUUCUUAUGACACAGAUGAGCUUGCUGACAAAGAAAAUUGAUGAGAUGGGUACGAAACAGGUGCACAUUGUUGAUACGACAAAUGGAGGCCUAUGCACUCCUUGCAUAAAUCAGUCAUAUGUUUGCUCGUGGAGUGGAGAGAAUGAUAACCAGGGCUUCAGAGAAGACAUGAAUUACGUCAAUAAUUUUGGAGGUCAAAGGCAAGGUGGACAGCAAUGGGGACCUCAAAAUCAGCAGUACAGACCAACCCAGCAACAACAUAAUACCAAUCCAGGGAGCGCACGACAACAAGGCCAAGUCGUGCCUUAUCAAAGGCAGCAGGGCUAUAAUCAGCAGCACCAACAACAGUUGGCUUACCAACCGCCUCAUCAACAGCAGGACACUAUCUAUGGACGUGAACAUCGCCCACAAGGAACGUUGCCUGCAGACACAAACAUCAAUCCAAAGGAGCGGAACCCAAAUCAGUUAAAGGCAGUGAGUCUCCGGAAUGGAAGAGAUUUAGAUAGAGAACAAGAAGUUUCUCAAUCUAGGAGAGACGCAAUGCCAAUUACUCCAGUGACAUCAGAGACCGACGAGUCAACGGAGCUCGUAGAGGUUGUAAUUGAACAGGCACAAGUUGACAAAAGCAAGGAGAAGGAAAUUGAACAACUCUCAGAACAGGUGGUGGAGAAGGCUCCUAAUAAAGAAAAGACACCAAGCAGUGGGCAGAAGCUAAUUCCUACACCAUUUCCUCAGAGGUUGGCCAAGCAAAAGAAAGAUGAUCAAUACAGGAAAUUCAUGGAUAUGCUCCGACAAAUUCAAUUGAAUAUUCCGCUGAUGGAUGCUUUGAGCGAAAUGCCAGGCUAUGUAAAAACGAUGAAGGAUCUGAUGUCUCGAAAAUUUAACUUUCAGGACCUGCCUACUGUAACUCUAACUCAGACCUGCAGCGCGGUAGUGACAAGACCUAUGGCUCAAAAAUUGUCUGAUCCCAGUAGUUUAACUAUCCCAUGCACAAUUGGAAGUUACGCUUUUGCUAAAGCAUUGUGUGACUUGGGAGCUAGUAUCAACUUGAUGCCUUUGGCAAUCUACGCAAGGCAUUGGCAGAGCUAG